UCGUCGCCAUGUACGAUGGGGAAAGGGUGCCUUCCCCCAGGACAUUGUUAACGGUGUGCUUCCUACGGCCGUGGCCCCGGCAGGAACAGGUGCCGGGGAGGGCGGGUCAGCGUCGGUACCUUCCCCGGCUGUGGGGCCCAAGCCAGAGGAAGAGGAGGGGCCAGAGGAGGAAGAGGAGGAGCCCAGCCCAGAGCCUGUCCUGGGUGAAGAAGGCCCACAGGGAGAUCCUAGACCACGACAGGAAGAGGAGGGUGGAGCUGAAGUGCCUGGAGCUCCAGGAGAUGAUGGUGGAACAGGGGUACUCUGAGGAGGAGAUCAGGCAGAAGGUCGGCACCUUCAGACAGAUGCUGAUGGAGAAAGAAGGGGUGAUCACCAGAGAGGGAACGCACACACGCCCAAUGGUCAUGGUCCAUGGAGAGCAUGGUGAGGCUGAAGGUUACCAGGAGGACGGUGAAUGGCACGGAGAUAAAGACAGUUAUAGAAUAAAGAGGAACUCUAGCAGCUCUCCAUCUCCUCGUCCAAAGAAGAGGAAGAGGAAGAAAUGUGGACGCAGAAGGAGUGGAGAGAAGAAGAAGAAGAGUGGGAAAAAACACAAGCGAGACAGGUCGGUGUCUGGUCACAGGAGAAAGAGGAGAUACAGAUCGGGUAGCCCAAAGAGCAAACCGAAAGACAAGAACAAAACCAGAAAGAGGUCCCCAGUAGAGUCCCCCAGUAGGACGUCUCAGCGUAGAGGCAGCUGCUGUAGCUCCCACAGUGCAUCACUCUCCUCCACAGACCACAGCCCCUCCAAGUCCCCCGGCAGGCCCAACUCCAAGCACAAGACAGAAGGACACAAGGCCUGUGUGAGCCCGUCCCCUUCUCCGUCCCCCGGUCCUGACUGUCCCGUCACGUGGCACAACGGGAACCACCAGCAUGACCGCGCCUGCAGCGGCAAGGCGGGCAGACUCAACCACAACCACACGGCCGAGGGAGACAAGGAGCAAGAUAAGCUGAGAAUGCUGACUGCUGCUACUCCGGGAGCCCAGUCGACCGUCAUACUGCCACAACUGAGAGGAGGAGAACACAAGGCCCACACUGCCCUCUACAGGGCCCCAGGAGGUACUGCUGCCCAGGCUGGAGAAGCCCUACAUGGGGAGGACAGGCAGAUGACGGGCCUGGGGUCGUCAGGGAGAUGGGGUGGUCACAGAGUCCAGGGGAAGUGCUCCCAUUCGCCGACUCACAGCAGUGACUCCGCCCACUCUCAACGUAACCUGCAUCCUCACAGAAAAAAGAGCUCUCACCAGAAGAAGACUAAAAGGACCCACUCUUCCAAGAGGCACCAUCGUGGGGGUCGGGGACAGGCUCUUCACCGGAGGCUGUCUGCAUCCCCGGGGCGGCACCACCAUGUGUCUGGGUCAGGCAGGAAGAAGAGUGAGUCUCGGGGGCGGGGCGGUGUGGGGGUCCGGCAGCGCAGCAGCUCCUGGAGCUCAGGACGGUCCUCAUCAUGCUCUGCCUCCAGAGAGAGAGGCCCCAGCAAGGCCAAGUCCCUCCACGUCCAUGCCAGACAGAACAAUUCCAGUUUUUCCACUAAGGAGAGAGACAGUCCUCACCACUCCGACGCUGACCGUGCUCACCGUCGCUCCAGGAGCUACUCUCCCAUCAGGAAGAGGAGACGAGAUUCUCCCAGCUUCAUGGAGGCUCGCAGGAUCACCAGUGCUCGGAAGCGGCCUAUCCCGUACUACCGCCCCAGCCCUUCCUCCUCCAGUUCCAUGUCAAGCCCCUCCCACUCUGGGAGGAGUCGCAGCCGCAGCUACGGCAGCUACAGGUGCAGUCGGAGCCGCAGUCACAGCCGCACCAGGAGCCACAGCCGCAGUCACAGCCGCACCAGGAGCCACAGCCGCAGUCACAGCCGCACCAGGAGCCACAGCCGCAGUCACAGCCGCACCAGGAGCCACUACAGUCGCAGCAGCUAUGAAAGCCCUGGCUGCUGAUGAGAGAGAGACAGAGAGAAAAA